CCAAAGGACUUUAAGGAGGUGCUUUCAGACUUGGGGACUUAUGCAACUUAUCAUAUAAAGCACAAGCAUCUUGCCAUGGAGAAUAUGCAGACUGUUAGUCCGGAGCCGACCACCAGAGGGAGCUUCUUAAUUCUGGCCCUGAAUUUACCGUCCAUGCCACUGGCUUGCCUUUACCUGGCGAUCAUUUUCUUCUCAUCAUACUGGCAGAAGUACUCCAAACCCCUGGAGAUGCGGAAGAUCCUAUUAGUCUACAACAUGGCCUGUAGCAUCAUGAGCCUGUACGCCACUUUCCUCUUUGUGCAAGGCCUCAGCGUGGCAGAUUCCAUCUUUCAGAAGGAGUUUUUUCCAAAACUGCAGCAUGCCUACUUCAUUUACUGGCUGGUCAAAAACGUGGAGCUGCUCGAUACGGUCUUCAUGAUCUUGAGGCAUCGGAACCGUCAGAUCUCGUUCCUUCACGUCUACCAUCACUGCAGUAUGUUGCUUCUGAGUGACCUGUGCUAUCAUUACUACCCCUGGCCAGCCAUAGCCCCUUACCUCCUCUUCAAUUCAUUUAUCCACAUCUUCUUGUAUUUUUACUACGGCCAGAGUGCUGUGAAUCCAUCACAGCGACCCACAUGGAAGAUAAGAUUGACACAGCUGCAAAUCCUCCAGUUUGUUAUGGACGUGGUUCUUGCAACAUGGGGCUAUCUCUUUCAUGGAUUUUGCAUUUAUGCGAUCUUGUAUGGUUUAACAAUGCUAAGUCUUUUCUCAAACUUUUACUUCAAAGCUUUUAAUUCAAAAAAAGCUACAUAAAUAUGUCUCUAAUUCAGAAAAAAAUAAUUAAAUAUUAUUUUUCCUGUCAAUGAACUGAAUGAGCUGGGAUUAAUUGUUUAAUACAUUAUGUUUUUUGGUUAAAAAGUCCACAAGAUCCAUUGGGAAUCAAAGAUCGUGAGUCAAUAUUAUAACUAUUAAGUAUUGGACACUUUAUUUUAAAGUUUGGCAUGUAAAGUGUGUUUAUUAUUGGUUUUAUAGUUAUGUAAAUCCUCAAUGAUCGGCAGGGAUUUUAUCGUUUCAGAACCAAAUUACAAGCAUCAAUCAACACUAUUUAAAAAAACUAUCAAUCCCUGCCACAGAUAGCAAGCCUUACUAUCCAAUCAGUCUCAAUGCAAACUACUGUAGGUACAUUUUUAAUGUGGAUAUAGAUGCAUCUUGAGAUGUGUGCAGUAUCACUGUGGGAUUCAAGGAGAGAAAUUGGUUCGAAUUAGUUGAGAACAUGAAGAGAUGAGCAAGGGUACGAUGGGAUAUGAGGCACAACUAAAUAGGAGCCGGUUUGUGUUUUGGAAUUAUCUCCCUGGAAGGGAGGUGGUAAAAAUGUAAACUGAGUUUCCAGAAGGGAUUGGAUGGAAAUUAAAGGGAAAAUAAUGUUCAAGGCAAUGGAGAAAUUGCCCCCAUGGGCAAUGGGGACAUUUGGGAUUGUCCAAAAAGGACUACCAUAGACUGCUGGGACCCUCUGACCGGUAAUUAUUUUUAACCAUAAUUCAUUAAUUUUGUACUUUGGAGGAAAAACAUGUAACCUCUCAAUGCCAUGUGUUGGGUUUGUUCAUUGCACAUUGCUGCAUCCAUCCUGACACAGAAGACAGGCACACAAUGCUGGAGUAACUCAGCGGAACAGGCAGCAUUUCUGGAUAGAAGGAAUGGGUGACGUUUUGGAUCGAGAGCUUUCUUCAGAAUCAGUCCCUACACAGCCAGGCCUGCCCAACUGAGCCCAAGGUAGGAUGAGCAAAUUCACCAUGUCUUGUGGAACGGUUCGUCAAUUGUGGCAGGUUACCUCUCGAAUUCCCGGGGUUAUUGCCAGGCCAACACAGGGGCACAUGGUUUUACGAUUCACUGCUUUAAUACAUUGCUGAAUUGUAUAAAUGGUACACACAGUUUAUUUUUGCAUUUGAAGCAUUAAAAAAAUUAAAAUAUUUUCGGAUAUUAAGAAA